UGGUGUGGUACAACUCGGUACAACAGUUGUCUACUUUUCAUAGCAGUUCAAGUGGGAAAGUUUGACGGAGAAAGAAGGACACAGAAACAAGGCUGGGAAAAAGUUUACAUUUUCUUCUAUCUUCCUAAGAUUUUUGAAAGGCACUUAUCCAGUUUUUGGAAUUCUUCUAUGGCAUGGAUAAGGAACUUCUGCAGUCUUCUUUAUUUUAAAGGGAACUACAUUGACAAGAUCUUUAAGUUGGCAGAUCACAAAGUGUGGCAGGAAAGCACUGAAGGAGAUUGGUAAUUAAAGGGCAUCUAAAAAAAGCUGGACAGAGGGCGAGGCUGUGGAGGCACAGUAACUCUGAGUCUACAAGAAGAGCUGUUUAAAUCCAUCCAGACUGCACCACGAGGAUCUGCUCAUGGAUCCAUAUGGAGGCCACUACCUGAACCGAGAGGCAGUGCUGUCUGUACUGGGUAUGGCUCGCAUGUGCCAACUGAUACUGGGCUGCACCACCAUGGCUUUGGUGGCCCACAGCGCAGGCUUCAGUGCCACCUAUGGUACCUUCUGCAUGUUCGUGUGGUGCUUCUGUUUCGCCAUGACAUUAAUGAUCUUCGUGCUCGAUGUGAUUCGCCUGCAUGGCUGUGUGCCUAUCUCCUGGGACAAUUUCACUGUGGCCUUUGCCAUGCUUGCCACAUUAAUGUACAUCACAGCUUCUGUUGUGUACCCUGUGUACUUCCUCAGCAAUGAUUGCCUGGCCAAAGACUGUGAAGUGCGCAAUUACCGCAUUGCUGUUACCGUGUGCUCCAGCAUCUGUUCUUUUGCCUAUGGUGCCGAGGUCCUCCUUACACGGGCCAAGCCAGGCCACGUGGUGGGUUACAUGGCCACCAUGUCAGGCCUGCUCAAGGUAGUUCAGGCCUUCAUUGCUUGCAUCAUCUUUGGUGCGUUGGCAAACGACAGUGAGUACCAUCGCCACAUUCCCACGCAGUAUUGUGUAGUGGUCUACAGUCUAUGCUUUGCCAUCACAGUGGUGGUGGUGGUCCUGACUGUCUCAGGCAGGACUGUAGUUCUGAGGCUGCCCUUUGAUCGCUUUGUAAUUACAUACACCUUCCUGGCAUUCCUGCUGUACAUGAGUGCUGCUGUGGUGUGGCCUGUCUUCAGUUUUGAUAAGAAGUAUGGCUCUCCUGGGCGACCAGAUGAUUGCCCCCAGGGAAAAUGCCCAUGGGACAGCAAGCUGGUGGUGGCAGUGUUCACGUUUGCCAACCUGGUGCUCUACUUCAUCGACUUACUGUACUCUCAGAGGAUCCGCUUUGUCUCACAGACAGCAGCCUAAAUAGCAUGUUUUAUCUGAAAAGUUUUACUACAUAGACUGUGUGUUUUAAUACAUACAUCUGCACUGUGUGUAUCUCUCUCUCUUUCUCUCUCUUUCUCUCUCUAUCUAUAUCUAUAUACAUAAAUGUUAGUCCAAAAUAAUGUUAAAUAGUUAAAAUACUCAUUCUGAUAUUAAUAUUCUGAACUAGACUUACUGAGCACCCUCUUAUGAGCUCAGUAAGUGGUUAUCCUGUUCGACUGAAGUGACCUCUAUGACUGCUUGCAUGUGAUGGAAAUCCUGUGAUAGCUUAAUUUUCAUGUAUGCCUUUCAAUGUUACUUAAUAACAUGAUUUCAGCCGCAAUCUUGAAUUUAUAAAGCUUUAAUCUCUACCACUUUGUUAUACAUGACUCUACAUGAAAUAUAUUAAAUAUAUCUAUUGUACUGCUAGUUAACUGUGUUUAAAUGUGGAAUAAAACAAAGUGGUAUGUUA